AUGACCGACUCAAACAGCGGCCACUCCUCGACCAUCGAGCAAACGCCUCUCGACUCCAACCAGAACGGACCGGCGCAGAACAUCAUCGACGAGCAGAAGUCCAACUACGGCACCACGACACAGGCGGAUCUGGGCUCGUCCAUGGAGGGCCACGGCGAGGCCGUCAAGGACCAGGUCGACGGCGCGCUCGCCAAGGGGCCCAAGAAGGCGGACGCGGACUCGGGCGGCCGGGUCAUGGUCGCUGAGACGGGCGAUCUGCAUGACUUGGCUGCGAAGCGGCAGCCGUAG